AUGUCUAAUCUUUCAAAGUUAGAGUUUGUGGCUCUUGACAUUUCGGGAAAAAAUUAUCUAUCGUGGAUUUUGGAUGUGGAGAUUCAUUUGGAUGCUAUGAGUCUUAGAGACACCAUAAAAGAUGGAAAUAAGGAAUCUUUACAAAAUCGUGCAAAAGCAAUGAUAUUCAUUCGUCACCAUCUUCAUGAAGCAUUGAAAAUUGAAUAUUUGACAAUUAAAGAUCCACUUGAGCUAUGGAAUAAUUUGAAGGAAAGGUAUAGCCAUUUUAAAACCGUGAUUCUUCCAAAUGCUCGUUAUGAAUGGAUUCAUUUACGUUUACAAGAUUUUAAAUCUCAACAGUAUAGAGAGAAAGGUUUUAAGAAAUAUUCUGAGUUGAUUACAUGUCUUCUGGUGGCUGAGCAAAAUAACGAGCUUUUGAUGAAAAAUCAUGAGAUCCGUCCAACUGGUACUGGUCCAAUCCCUGAAGUGAAUGAGAUAACUGAUCUUGAUGGAGGGAUAGACAAUUUGACUGGAAAUGAAGAUAUUUAUGGAAAUGUCUAA